UCUUACUGUUUUCCUCCCUCUCGAGCGCCCUCUCCUUUAUCUGCUCUGUCUCGCGGCGCAAUGUCUCGCUGAUGCACCGAAUGCUUACUGCGCUUAAGAUUUGUGUGCUUGAGAACUGUGCUGUUGUGAGAAACUGAAAGAGAACCUGGAUUGUGUGUAGUUUAUGAAAGAGUUGCAGGGAUGGAUAACUGUUGUCAUCAAGUUACGUUCAUUGGCCAGCCUGAGGAAAAUGGAAGUCAACUUUUUUCAGAAAUUCCAAAAGAGUUGAAAGAUGCCGAUGAACAAACUAUUAAGACUGAAACUUUGUUUAUACCAGUGUUUAAGAAAAGAAAGCGACUUAGCCUAAGUCAGCUUAGAGAGAUAAAAGCAGGAUUAGGUGAGAAGCAGACGCAAACUAGCAGCAAGCUCAAGACAAAGAAGCAUGAGAGUAGAGACAGAUGGUCAUCUGAGAGAUAUAAGCUUGCUGAGCAAAGCAUGUGGGAGGUCUUGAAGGCUAAAGGUGCAACAUUUGCCAACCCAAUCUCCCGACCUGCACUACGGACAGCUGCCCGUAAACACAUUGGCGACACUGGACUAUUGGACCAUUUACUGAAGCACAUUGAUGGUAAAGUGGCACCUGGUGGGACUGAGCGUUUUAGGCGGUGGUUUAACACUAAAGGAAUCAUGGAAUAUUGGUUGGAGAGUGCUAACCUGGAUAAGGUCCGCCAGGAUGCUGGGGUGCAGGACCCAUACUGGAUUCCACCAUCUACAUUUAAAGCAGGCAGCCCCCCUCAGAUUUCAGAUUCUUCUGGCGAAUUGAAACUGCUUCAAACAGAAAUGGCCAAAAUGAAGAAAGAUAUGCAGGAGCUCAUAAUCAAGAACCGAGAGAAAAAUGAAAGUCAUAUGAUGGAGGAGACACACAAGGAAUUAGUAAAGUGGAAAGCUAUGACUGAGCAACGCCUAACUGGGAUUUUGACUUCUUUGAAGGGUGUACAGGGCAUGUAUGGUGAUUUGGUGAUUUGGAAAGGUAAAGUUGAGCAACAGCUUGUGGAAAUAACAAAUAAAUUGAGUGAUCUGAAAGCAUCAAGGGAAGGCACGACCAAUCCUCCUUUAGAAAGAUGGGAAGAUUGGCUUGAAAGCACCAAUCUAGAGAAUAUUCAGGGAGAUGAUGAGCUUAUACCAUGGUUUGGGAGUACAGAGCUGAUUAAUCUUGAGCAAGGAGUUGCCCUGCAAGAUCCUAACUCAGCCCUACCUAGUCAGCUGCUCAAUGACAAUGUGACUAACAUGAAGAGUGAGUUGCUGGAAAUGUUGCCCAACAUUCAAGAGGAAGAUCAACCUAAUGUGACUCCAGAUUCUUCUAUCACUGUUAAUUCAAAAUCAGACCUUGACAACUCGGUGAUGUUGUUUCAGGAGAUGCUUACGGACUUGUUUAAAUGGAAAGACAAGAUGGAGAAGCAGAUGGCCGAGUUAUCAAAUCAUGUAUAUGGAAUGCUGGCGACGAAGUAGCUCUACUUUGAAGUAUCUAGUUUAGGAUAUAGGAUUUUAACCACCAUAUGUUUUCUUAUUACGCUUUAGAUUGGUAGGGUUAGAUAUUGUACAGCGUCGACUAUCUGAUCAUGAAAGAGCUUUUCCGACCACCAAGUUCAUUAAAAGCUUCAUCUGACCUGCACUAUGCUGCAAAUUGUUAAUACGUUGGACUGGCCUUACAGUGAAGUUUGGUUAUGCAUCAGGGUAGAUCCUUAGGACCGCUAUGUUAAUUGCCGUUGACCUGCUUAGGUAAGAUUCAAGUUAGUUUAAAUAUAGGUGUUUAGGGUAGGCCAUACCCGCAGUUCUUUGCCUAUUAGCCGGAGUGAUCCUUUAAAAGUAGGCUGUAGAUCUAUUUAUGGGACAAGCUGACAUAUUUAUAUAUAGAAUUUUUACUGGAUAAUUCAUCAGAUCUUGUGGGCUUAUGAUUACGCUGAAUUGCUCAUAUAAUGUAAUCAGCAUGUUGAGUUUGUCUU